AUGGGGAAGCUCAAGAAGAUGUUCGGCAUCAAGGAGAAGGAAGAAGUAGCCUUUCCGCGCGCCAUGGAGCAACCCGGCGGCGGCUAUAUGCCAAAUUACGGACCCGGGUACAACCCAAACAGGAGUAACUACGGCGGGUUCAACGACAGCACUGCGACCUUUUCGACCACGGACACGCGGGGGACGUACUCGACGCUGAAUCCGAUCCCCGAGUUCACGACGCCGCGCCAGAUGCCGAACCAGACGCACCAGAUGCCACUGCGUCCGGCCCCGCAACCCCAGCUGCAGCCGCAGGCGAAGCCCGACCAGAGGAGCGCCAGCGGCGGCAGCUACGGCGCGGGCAACAGCUUCGCCAGCUUCGCCGGCAGCACGGGCAGCGCCAGCACGGGGUUCCGCAGCGUUAGCACGGGCAGCACCAAGUCGACGGCGACCAGCGCGACCGGGCCAGCAGCGGCGGCCGACUCCCUCGAACCGACCGUCGUGGCGGCCGACGUGCGGCGGUGCACACGGCUGGUGCGGCGCAUGUUCGAGGCGCACCUGCAGAUGUGGACGUACGCCAACGUCUACGAGUCGGACGACGAUCUCAAGAUGCAGAAGAAGCGCGAGGUCGAUGCCAUCCUCCUCGAAAUCCACCAGCUCGUCGCCACCUGGCGCUCCGUCCCGCCCUCCACGUGGAGCGACGAGGAGUUCGACCAGGUCAAGUGGAUCUCCACGACCCUCGACGAUCCUUACUGGCAUCUAUAA